UAACGGAAGGAACACCUUUUUUGGACUGAUCGCUGGAUGCAUGGCAAGUGUCUUGAGGGUCUUGUCCCAAAUGUUGCCCGUUUGUGUACCAGUGUGAAUUAGGAAAAAGAGAACAAUAAUGGAGGCCUUGCAAGGGAAUUCAUGGAUUGCAAAUAUAAAAGGGGCUCUCGGUUGGUUUGGCUUACUGAAUACCUUGAGCUUUGGGACAUGUUGGUGGGUGUUACUCUCAAUGACAAUGAAGACACUCAUAACUGGAAACCUGAAGCCUCAGGUUUAUUCUUGACAAGAUCAACAUAUAGGAGUUUUUUUAUCGGCUCAUCAACAUUGAACCUUGGAAGAAAAUAUGGAAGUCAUGGGCACCUGGGAAAUGCAAAACAUUUGUCUGGCUGGCUGUUCGGAAUCGUUGUUGGACUGCAUAUCGUUUACAAAAAAGAGGUCUUCCUCAUCCUGAGCAUUGCCCACUCUGUGAUCAGGAGGAGGAAACCAUUCAACACAUCCUCAUCUCAUGUGUUUCUGCAAGGCAAUUCUGGCUUUGUCAAGAGCAGUAACAGAAGAUGAGCUUAUCUACAUCAGAGCACAAUACAACUUGUUAGAACCAAACAGCAGAGAUGGUCGAAUAUGUAUCGACAACUUCAGGAUGGCUCUUUUACAGAACUCGACAGAUGCUAUGAAGGAAUCCAGAACACUUGAGAUCUUAAAUGCGCUGGAGCCACUCGCAUAUAUGAGAAUGGACUUCGAGGAAUUCAGAGCUGCUACAAUCAGCCCUUACCAGCUUAAGGCUGUGGCACGGUGGGAAGAAAUCGCCAAUACUGCAUUCGAAUACUUUGAGCAAGAAGGCAACCGUGCUAUCACAAUCGAGGAGCUGGCUCAGGAGAUGAAUCUUUCCUCAGCGCCGUAUUCCAUCGUGCGCGGCUGGAUUAAACCGUCGGAUGGCAAGCUUAGCCUUCUAGGCUACACCAAGUUGUUGCUUGGAUGACUAUGCGAAGCGCGGGCGACGCAAGGCGGCACCAUUGAUUCUUUUGCUGCGCUGGUAAUUACUUGAAUUGGUUCCAUACUUCCAUUGGUUUUGUUCAUGGGGUGUUGGAGGGAUGCUGGUGUUUUGUCUCUUUUCUUCUGGUGGUUUAGCUUCUUGUAGAGAGAGACAGAGAGGGG